AUGCAUCUAAAAGUUGUGAUCUUCGCUCUAUCGUCCUUUGCAAUUACAGCAUACCCUCUCCACCGUCACACCAGGGAGGCACCCUUGACUGAUUUAAAAGACAACCAGUCUCAAGACAAGACUGAAUUCACAAAAGAUGUUGAUAAAAUAUACAAGAGCCACAUAGACAGCAUUGGCCUUUACAACCAUGAUGAUCAGAGCAAAAACCCUGUGGUAGAGGAGAUGCAGCACAAACUCAACCUUGAGUCGGAGCGUCUGCGUACCCGUCUGCGCCAAGAGCUGGCCGAACUGCGAGAGAGGUUGUCCCACUCUUCGGGCCACCUCAGCUCCCCCCUAGCCAGCAUGAGGGAGCGCUUGGCACCCCUCAUCCAGCAGCUCCAGAGCUCUCUAAGCAGCAGCACCCAAGACCUGUGUGGCCAUCUGAGCCUCUAUCUGCAGGGUCUGGAGGCAGCUGAGGCUCAGGCAGAGGCCACUCCGGCUUUGUACCAGGAAGCCUUCCACUGGAUGAGCCUAACGCUGGAGCACAGCAGCUCUAAGGUCGCUGACCUCAUCAGUGACUUCCAUACUAAAACCAUUGAAGUGAUCAACCAUCUGAAAGAGACCAGUGCUAGUGAGCGAGAGGCAGGAAAGUCAGACCACUGGCUGGAAAUUAGCUCCAGUAUGGGACAGGAAGUGAGUUCUGUGAGGGUGGAGGCACAGAACAGGGUGGGGGCUCUUAGAGCAGAGCUUGCUGCUCUGCUAGGAACUUCACGGCCCGGUAAGGCGGAAUUGACAGCCAGUAUGGAGCGCUUCUGCCAAAAUGCAGGCUUGCAGAGCCAAAUGUUUCCGGCCCGGAUGGAGAGGCUGUUUAAAGGGCUGGAAGAUGAGUUGGAGGUCAGAGGAGGCACAAGACUGUCUCCUUCUUCUUCUUUUUCUUCUUCUUCUUCAUCGUCUGCACAGACAGCUGGACAUUUGCAGGAGGACUUCUCAGUUAAACUUUCUGCUCUGCUUGAAGACAUUCUGCAGUCAGUGUAG